AUGGGACGUUUUCACUAUCUGAUAGGCUUGCUGCUCCUCUUCCUCGCAUCGUCUCUUUGGAUAGCACUCAAACUGCGUGAUGACACCUCAAGUUUCCCUCUCGGUUACAGCUCAUGCGUCUGCUCAGAGGACGUCAAAAUGAGCGAACCCUCUGUUGAGCUCACGCCAACUGUUUUGCCUCAGCAAAGUGCAACAAGCACUCAUUCAGAAGCAACAUCACUCCCUGAAAAGCUGAGCUACCUGCCCAUCAAGAACUCUCAUGGACAUCAAAAGCACUCGGCAUUCCCGGCCAAAUUGUGGCAAAAGUCUGGCCCCAUGGGAGUCAGCCCAGAGAGGCAGGUUGAAAUAAGCAGUUGGCUAGAGAAGAAUCCAGCCCUUCGACAUGAAAUCCUUACCGAUGGGAGCGCAGACGAGUAUGUCCGCGAACAAUUUGCCGACUAUCCCCAAAUUCUCGAUCUGUAUCUAUCUCUCCAAGUGCCUAUCCUCAAGGCCGAUCUGCUCCGCCAGCUAAUCCUCUAUGCCGAUGGAGGAAUUUGGAGUGACCUCGACGUGACCUGUCAUGAACCAAUCAACACGUGGAUUCCAAAAGAUUUCAUAAGCAAAUCAAACGUGGUCGUUGGUUUGGAAUUCGACGGGAUUCAAUUCUCAAGUUGGACAGUCAUGACAAAGCCAAGAACGAGUCAUAUCGUCGCCGUGAUCAAUUAUGUCACCAAAGCAUUGGAAGACUCUGCAACACAGCACAACGUCACCAUGGCCAAUCUCACGAUGGAAAUGAUCAGCGAUGUUGUUGAUGUGACAGGACCACAAGCCAUGACCCGCGCGCUCUUCCAGAAUUUGGAAUUGGAGAUGGGUUUGCCCAUGGGACGCGACAAUAUCACAAAUAUUACCCAACCAACGCUCUUCCAGGAUGUCCUGGUUCUUCCUGAUGCAGCAUUUGCCGCUGGACAAGGCGGUUGGCCAAAGAACCGUGGUCCUUAUCUUGUGGAACACCACUAUGCUGGUUCCUGGAAGAACAAAGAUGGUGGUGAGCAGACAAACGCCACAAAACAAGCAGACGCCAACCAACAGGCAGAUGGCAAUCAACAAGCAGACGCCAAAAAACCGAGUGACUCAUAG